UUUCACCCCUAUAACCUUACCCGAUUCUUCUCAGUUAUUAUUAUAUAUGCAUUUUCUUUCAAUCAAACAUAUAUACGAUCCAAUUUCUCUAUCUUUUAUUCCUUAUUUUAACUUUUUAAAUCAUGGAUCAUAGCUCUGACAAAUUUGCAGCUACUGGAUUUUUGUUCUUGCAACCCAAAAAUAUUGGGUUCUUUGAACUAUUUAGGGUCUAUUUUGGCACUACUAAGUUACACAAAGAAAACUUUGUCCAAUGCAAUGAGGUUGUUGAAGAGGAAAGUUUGGAUGAAUACAAGUCUCUUGUAUUUGUAUCGCUAUUGUUACAAAAGUUGAUGCUGUUGUUUAAGUAUCCAUUGAAAUAUCUUGGCUUCACUAUUGAGUUAUUUUUUAACUUGGCUAGUGGCAAUUGCAACAUUUUCCAGAUCAUUUCCAACCUUCUCCAAGGUAAGGAGCUAGUGGAUACAAAUUCAGCAGAUUAUGUAUCAAUUAUUGGUCAUUUGGACAAUAGAGUGGAAUUGGACAAAAGGAUCCAACGUGAUGACCCCAAAUAUAAUGUUGCUUUGUCUAUGAUGACUUCUAAAGCAGCUUACGAGAAUCAAGCUUUUAUAAGAGACACCGUUGAAAAUCACUGGAAGAUGGAAGUUGUGGCAAGCGGCGAUUACUGGAAUGAUUUUGAAGGAGAAGCUACAACUCAAGCUUAUGUACUCCUAAAUAAAAGUGACAAUCACGACACUUAUAUAGUGACUUUUAGAGGAACUGAAUUCUUUGAUGCUGAUCAAUGGUCUUGUGAUUUUGAUAUCUCAUGGUUGGAGCUUCCUAGUCUUGGAAAAACUCAUGCUGGUUUCAUGAAAGCUUUAGGUUUACAAAAAAGUAAUAUGGGAUGGCCUAAAGAAAUUGACAAAAAUAAUCAUGGCCAUGCACCUGAAGCGUACUACUUCAUUAGAGAUUUACUAAAGAAGCAUUUAGAUGGAAAUGAUAAAGCAAAAUUUAUUGUGACCGGUCACAGUUUAGGUGGAGCUCUUGCUAUUCUAUUUCCUGCAAUAUUGAUAUUGCAUGAGGAAACAUUUCUUUUAGAGAGGCUUGAAGGAGUGUACACAUUUGGUCAACCAAGAGUUGGAGGUGAUAUAUUUUCUAAGUACAUGGAGAAGAAUUUAAAAGAAAAUGGUGUUAUGUUUUACAGGAUAGUUUACAGCUAUGAUAUUGUUCCUAGGUUGCCCCCUGAUUACAAAGAUAUCUUGUUUAGGCACUUUGGGACAUGUCUUUAUUAUGACAGAAACUAUAAUUGCAAGAAAAUGCAAGAGGAACCAAACAAAAACUACUUCUCUUUGUCAGAGAUAAUUCCGAUGUCAUUGAAUGCUUUUUGUGAGCUCAUAAGGAGCUUUUUUAUGGUUUCAAGAUAUGGAUCUGAGUAUCAAGAGGGAUGGCUUUUAAGAAUUUUUCGACUUGUGGGUUUAGUAAUUCCUGGUGCAUCUAAUCACAUACCCCAAGAUUAUGUUAAUGCUACUCGGUUGGGAUCAAUACCCUCGAAGAUGGAUUGAUGCAUGAAUUUUGACAUUUGAACUAUCAAAAUACUUGUGCAAAUGCACAAGUCAUGCGAAGUUGAUUAUCAUAUUAAUAUAGGCCGAUUUUAACAUGCACAAGUGCAUCAUGUCUUUCAUGGUACACAAGUUAAUGAUAUCAUUAUAACGAAUACGAAUUUUACAAAAUCCACCGUUAUAUU